AUGUCGAGCGAUAAGAGGCCCUUCGAAACAGAAAGUACCGAAGAUGCGGAUGAAGGAGAGGGUUGGAUUGGACCUAUGCCUUCAGAAGCGGCGAAACCUAAAACCAAGAAACGGAAAGUUCUUGAGUUCGAAUCCUUAUACAUGGAGAAUCUGCCUUUGUCAGAGACGUAUGAACGCAGCUAUAUGCACCGAGAUGUGGUCACGUUCGUUGUGAUGACAAAGACAGAUUUUGUAAUAACUGCUAGUCAAGACGGGCACUUAAAAUUCUGGAAGAAACAGGAAGAAGGCAUUGAAUUUGUGAAGCAUUUUCGUUGUCACUUGGCACCAAUUUGCCACAUGGCUGCCAACAGCACAGGAACCUUACUAUGCACAGCCUCAUCAGAGAAAGCUGUCAAAGUUUUUGAUGUUGUCAAUUUUGAUAUGAUAAACAUGAUAACAUUGGAGUUUGAGCCUUAUUGCACUGAAUGGGUCCAUUCUGCUGGAGAUCCGAUAUCAGCUUUGGCAGUGUCAGAAAAAGACAGCAACAAGAUACACAUAUUUGACGGUACACAAGCAUCAGGAACUCCGUUGCAUACAUUCGAAACCCUACAUCAAAGCACAGUGGCAACAAUCAAAUACAAUCCUAUUUUCGACGUGGCCGUCUCUGUCGAUAAAGCUGGCAUCGUCGAAUACUGGACCGGGCCAAAGUACGAGUACCAGUUUCCCAAGAACGUGACAUUUGAGUCAAAGUUAGAUACAGAUCUCUUUGAUUUUGUUAAGAACAAAACUUACCCUACGGCCCUGGCGUUCUCGCCUGAUGGAAAAAAGAUGGCGUCUAUCAGUUUGGAUAGAAAGGUGCGUGUGUUCAAUUUCGUGUCAGGCAAGCUGCGCAAAGUGCUGGACGAGAGCCUCCAGCGCUUCCAAGAGCUCCAGCACCAGACGCAGCAGCUGCCCAACAUGGAGUUUGGCAGAAGGAUGGCAACAGAACGAGAUCUUGAGAAAUCGGACUACGUGCACUUAGCAAACAUAAUAUUCGACAUGAGUGGGUACUUCAUACUGUACGCGACGAUGUUGGGCGUGAAGGUGGUCAACCUGGUCACUAAUAAAUGCGUCACUAUGCUGGGCAAGCCGGAGAACUUGCGGCCGUUGAAUCUCGCGCUGUUUCAGGGUCGAACCAACCAAUCAAAAGUAGCGACAACACUCGAAAUGGAAGGCUCAGAAAAUCCGACCCUCCUAAAUGUCAAGACCGACCCUACGUUGUUCUGCACCGCGUACAAGAAAAACCGGUUCUACAUGUUCAGCAAGCGCAGUCCCGAUGAUAUAAAGAGCCCGGACGCCGACCGUGACAUCUUCAAUGAGAAGCCCAGCAAAGAGGACAUCAUUUCUGCUACUGAGGGACAGGGAGUCCAAAGAAUAUACGAACAAGUGAUAAUCCACACAUCGUUAGGCGACAUCCACAUUCGCAUCUUCGGCAAGGACGUACCGAAGACGGCCGAGAACUUUUGCGUGCACGCAAGAAACGGGUACUACAACGGGCACAUAUUCCACCGCGUCAUUAAAGGGUUCAUGAUACAGACUGGCGAUCCCACUGGCACCGGCACUGGCGGCGAAAGCAUCUGGGGCGGCGAGUUCGCGGACGAGUUCCGUCCGGCGCUGAAGCACGAUCGGCCCUACACGCUCAGCAUGGCCAACGCCGGACCCAACACCAAUGGCAGCCAGUUCUUCAUCACUUUGGCGCCUACGCCAUGGCUGGACAACAAGCACACGGUGUUCGGGCGCGUGGUGCGCGGCAUGGAGGUGGUUCAGAGCAUCGGCGCCGUCAAGACCAACCCCAAGACCGACAAACCCUACGAGGACGUGCGCGUCAUAUCAAUCACCGUUAAAUAAGAAACUGACUUUGCCAGUGCGCUUCACUACAUAGCCUGUGAAAGCGUGUUUUGUAUGAAAGCACGUUUGCAUCGAGCCUAAGUAGACAGCUAAUAUCAGUCAAGGAUUGACGGCGACCACCUUUGUAGGUGCUAAUAAGUAGAUAAAACAUAUUCGUGGUACGCCCAUUGAUAUCGCAGUAUAUUAUUACUGAAUUAUUAUUUUCUUAAUGGCGGCCACUUGAAUUGGGCAGUGUCAGUUUCGAGGAAUGCGGUCAGCUUAGAAUAAUAACGCAUAGAAUGAUAGUUUCAUAUCAAACGAACUGUCACAAGUGAGGCAAAAAUCAAAUUCAUGUAGGCUAGUUUUAGUAGUAGGUUAAUUUUCGGGUUUAGU